AUGGAAAUCAACCCCGCAGUCACUUUUAAGCACGACCGUUCGAUUAUGUACGCCAAACGACCCAAAGUCCUUAUUGUCGGUGCAGGACUGGCUGGACUCACCCUCGGCAUGCUCUUGUACAAGGCCGGGAUCCCUUUCGAGAUCUACGAGCGUGCCGCAAAAGUCAAACCCCUCGGUUCGGCGAUGUACUUCAACUGCACCACCGCCAACCUCUUUAAGCAAUGCGGUAUUUAUGAAGAGUUUGUCGCCCUAGGCAAAUACGUCUCUUCUAUCAAGAUGUGUAACGAGAACCGAGAGCUCGAAUUCUCAGUUGACUUCGAAGGGCAUGAAGAACUGUAUGGUGCCAACGGAUACAUUGUUUCUCGACCUCUGAUUUAUGACCUAAUCCUCCGCCAGAUUCCGGAAGAGCAUGUUCACUUGGGAAAGAAAGUCCUCACCAUGCAGCAAGGCGGCAACGGCGUCCUUAUUCGCUUCAGCGACGGUAGUGAAGCUGAAGGUGACAUCCUCGUCGGAGCCGACGGAGCCUACAGUGCUGUUCGUCAAGGGAUGUACGAAAAACUAAAGAAGACGAACAAGCUCCCAGCAUCUGAUGCACUCCCACUUCCCUUCAGUACAGUCCGCCUUGUCGGCCAAACUCAUCCUCUUUCUGCUGAAGAGUUCCCUGAUCUAACAAUCGACAAAUCUCAAUUCCGCAACUUUAUCGCAACUGACAAGAUGUACACGUGGUCCACAUCGACAACUGCUCAGAAUACCGUGUGCUGGGGUGCGAUUCUUUUCCUUGAUGAGGAAACCAGCAAGGACAAUGACGCCUUCCGUAACUCGGAGUGGGGCCCAGAAGCUGCUGCAGCGAUGUGUGAACAAGUCAAGGAUUUUCCUAUUAUCAGCGGAGGCGACAAGAUCCUCACUCUUCAAGACUUGAUUGAUCGUUCUCCCAAGGAGUUUCUCUCCAAGGCCAUGCUGGAGGAGAAGGUCUUCAAGACCUGGUUCGAUUGUCGCACGGUUCUCAUUGGCGAUGGUAUGUUGUAUUUGUCUAUUUUCUUUUCACAUACAUUGUAA